AUGGCAGCUGAAAGACCCAGAAUCAUCAAAACCUUCGGACUCAAACCUAUUCACAUCGCUACGAUCCGCGGCCAAAAGGCAGCUGUUUGUGCGCUUUUACGCGCGGGGACAAACGUGGACGAAGCAACGAAGCAUGGCAUUACGCCACUUAUGUUGGGUGCCUUGUUUGGGCAUCUGGCUUUGGUGUGCCUGCUGAUCAAGCAUGGAGCUGGACGGUCAGUCCAAGACGCUUCAAAAAGGAUGGCAAGAGAAUACUCCUGGUCUAGUUCAACUCUUGUCAGGACAGGUUGGAACACCUUCGAGAAGCUUUCAAACAAGCUCACAGGACGCUGCUAUUCAGCAGACGUAGUUCGUCGCAGGAAAAGAAUCUGGAAAAUACUACGCCGGCGCGAUACCUUCAGAGGGUUCCUGGAAGGCGCUUCCCAACCACAUGGGACAUCGGCCUUCUCAAUCUCUUCGACCGGUGAGGUCACAUUGUGGAAAAAGGUUACAUCUGUCCAUAACGGAUCAGGACGCAACGAUACAACACCAGCAAUCAUUGCACGUACGGAGAAGAAAACCAUCAUUCAGUGGGCUUUUUCGGGGUGGACCACCGACAAUAUCGUACAGCAUGUUGUUAACAGCCAGGAGUACACUCAACUGGUGGUGGCAUUCUGUCAAUCUUCAGGGUUUACCCUCAGUGCCAACGCGAGGGACAACCCAGGGGGCCGGAUAACAGAUCCGGAACUUAUCGAAGCAGAGCAAGGGCGAUGGCAAGCAUGCCACGCCGAAAAGAAACUUGCAAUCUUUUACUUGCGUUUGAUAAUGCACCGGACAUUUAAGAAUGAUUUCCAAGACCCGUUGGAUAGUGGUUACGAGUUUAAGCAAGAACAGAUCCGGCGCUUGAAGUCAAUGAAGAUCCCCAAUGACCGGAGAAAAGCCUAUAUCUUCCUGGGCCAUGAGGCUUGCGACGGCUGUUUGGACUUUUUGCACCACCUCCAAAAAGUUACCGGUAUAGAAAUAUUGGUAAAAACAAUACCAAUUAUGGAAGAGUACAAUAGACCUGAGAAAAGGUACGGUGAUUCGGCGGCAGACAACCAGCAGUCUCCUCAUAGCGACGACGACGGUGACGACAAAGACAACGACAGCGACGAUACCGAGUCAACAAUGUCGAACGAAAGCGAACCCAGAACGCCAGCUAUGGAGAAACUGGACAAACAGGUCUUUACCCGCGCAGACUCACCCCAAAUGCCAGGUGUUAGUGAGAAACACCCCGCUUGGGAUCAAACACAAAAGCCACCAAGGCCGACGCCCAUCUUGGUACAACCAGGGCAUUGGCAACUCAUGAGCGAUUAG